AUGCAGAUCUUCAGCAACGCCGGGCAAGAGGAGCCGGGGCUCAUACGGGAAGAGGCGACCAAGUACAUGCCCGCGGACGCGGUCCCGAAAAAACCGGAAGAAUUCUUUGCGUACAACUUUGGGUACGACAUGAUCCGGGACAGCGUUCAGCAUAGGCAGAAGGUGGACCCGUCUUUCAGUCUGCCCGCGUCGUUUUUUUCCAAAAAGGAGCCGGUCAGAGGCGUGUACCCGUGA